UCACUCACAUUCUCUCACUUAACUCUUCAGAUCUUCCUCCUUUCACUUCUUUUUAUUCCUGUCUCUUUCUCCAUUUGCUCUCCUGAUAUCUGCUGAAAGGGAGGUGGAGGAGAGACGGAUAUGGGAGAGAGUGUUGAGUGAACCAGUUAGAAAGAGAAGAGCAGUGAUGGAGGAUCUGUGUCUCUGAUGCUGUGGGACUUUGAGUGGACAGUGAGUGAACCCAUGCCUCUGAGUCCGGCUGCCGACGCCAAGCAUGACCUCCCUGAUCGUCCUCGGCAACACGCCGCUACUAACGGCAACCAGCCAGGUCCCCCCUUCGCCAGGGAUGAGGGUAGGACUUCCUCCCCUGAUCCUCCGGAUGACGGCCCCGGAAACAGCAUUGUCAUCCGUAUUGGCAUCCCUGACCUACAGCAGACGAAGUGUUUACGGUUAGAUCCCGAGGCAGCCGUGUGGAGCAGUAAGCAGCGUGUCUUGGUGACUCUGACCCAGAGUCUGACUGAUGUUCUGAACUACGGCCUCUUCCAACCGGCUUUCAACGGACGAGCUGGAAAGUUCCUAGAUGAAGAACGACUGCUUAAAGACUACCCUCUCCCCCCCAUAACACCUAUUCCCUACCUAGAGUUUCGCUAUAAGAGGCGUGUUUACACUCAAAGCUACGUGGAUGACAAACAGCUAGCAAAGCUCCAUACCAAGGCCAACCUGAAGAGGUUUAUGGAGUAUGUUCAUCAGCGCAGCAUUGACAAAGUAUCCAGGUUCUUGGAGAAAGGCCUUGAUCCUAAUUUUCAUGAUGCAGAUACAGGAGAGUGUCCCUUAACUCUCGCUGUCCAGCUGGAGGGCAGUGCAGAGUUGAUUAAAGUUCUGAGGAGUGGAGGAGCUCAUCUGGACUUCAGGACCAGAGAUGGAAUCACAGCCCUGCACAGAGCAGUCCUCUGUAGGAACCAUGCUGCUCUCACAACUGUGUUGGAUCUAGGUGCAUCUCCUGACUAUAAGGACAGUCGAGGAUUGACUCCUCUGUACCACAGUGCCAUCGUGGGUGGAGAUCCCUACUGCUGUGAACUACUGCUACAUGAACAUGCUGUCAUAGGCAGCACCGAUGAGAACGGCUGGCAGGAGAUACACCAGGCAUGUCGCCAUGGGAACGUACAGCACCUGGAGCACCUACUGUUCUAUGGAGCUGAUAUGAGCGCCCAGAAUGCUUCAGGAAACACUGCCCUGCAUCUGUGUGCUUUAUACAACCAGGAGGGCUGUGCCAGAGUUCUGCUCUUCAGAGGAGCAAAUAAAGACAUUAAGAACUACAACAACCAGACAGCUUUUCAGGUGGCCAUCAUUGCUGGGAAUUUUGACCUGGCAGAGAUCAUUAAGAUCCAUAAGGCCUCAGACGUUGUGCCUUUCAGAGAAAGCCCAUCCUACUCCUCAAAGCGCAGACGUCUGGGCGGAGCCAGUCAUGUUAGUGGGAGUGGCUUGUCAUCUCCUCGUUCUCUGAUUCGCUCAGCCAGUGACAAUGCUCUGGAAAGUCCCGCCUCCUCUUCUCCUGGCCCCUCCCUCCACAGCCUGGAGAACACUCCCAGUCGGCAGGCAGAUACACAUAGCCUUCGCAGAGAGACGCGACGCCUGAGCCCCAGUGGCAGGCUACAGAGGGACCCCAGCCCGCCCCCUUCUCCCCCAAGCCCUGUGCAGCGUGGGAAACGUAGACUGUACAGUGCUGUGCCAGGGAGAACCUUCAUUGCUACGCGCUCACACACACCGCAGGGUCCAGGAGAGAUCAGCCUGCACCGUGGAGAAAGGUAUCGAGAAGGAGGGUUCUGGGAGGGUUCAGUUAAAGGAAGGACCGGUUGGUUUCCUGCUGACUGUGUUGAAGAAGUCCAGAUGAGACAGUAUGACCCACGCCUAGAAACAAGAGAGGAUCGCACCAAAAGGCUUUUCAGACACUAUACCGUGGGUUCCUAUGACAACUACUCUUCCUACAGUGAUUAUGUUAUCGAAGAGAAGAGUGCCGUGCUGCAGAAGAGAGACAGCGAAGGAUUCGGCUUUGUUCUCCGAGGAGCUAAAGCAGAGACUCCCAUAGAGGAAUUUGCUCCGACCCCAGCAUUUCCAGCACUGCAGUACCUGGAGUCUGUUGAUCUGGAGGGGGUGGCGUGGAGGGCGGGGCUACGCACUGGAGACUUCCUCAUUGAGGUGAAUGGUAGUGAUGUGGUGAAGGUGGGCCACAGACAGGUGGUGUCACUGAUUCGUCAGGGUGGAAGUCAGCUCCUGAUGAAGGUCGUUUCUGUCACCCGUAAACCGGAAUCUGACUUAGUCCGCAAAAAAGCCCCCCCCCCCCCUAAGAGAGCACCCAGCACAUCCCUUACCUUGCGCUCUAAGUCGAUGACUGCUGAACUGGAGGAGAUAGCCUCUGCCAGGAGAAGAAGAGUGGAAAAGCUGGACGAGAUGCUGAUUGGGACCCAGGAGGUAGUGAUGAGAAAACGUCCCUCAGAGGCUGACUACAGAGCUGCUACUGUGAAGCAGCGGCCAACCAGUCGACGAAUCACGCAGCAAGAGAUCAAUUCUCUGUUUGAACGUCAGGGCCUGCCUGUUCCACAGGGAGUUUCCUUUGGCCUGGAGAAAGCCACCAUGCAACUGCCCAGAGGAAUGUCCCGGACCAAGUCUUUUGGUGCUCCAGAGGAUGACAGGAUCUCUGCUCUGAUUGGAGAGCAUCGGUUUCCUAGGAGCUCCUCAAUGACUGACAGCUUCAUCCCUCCUCCACCCCAGACCGCUCCUCCUCCACCCCCAUCCCAUUACUACCUUGACUCUGGUCCGCCCCCGGCUUUCUGCCCCCCACCGCCUCCACAGCGAGCAACAGACCAAUCACGUUCUAGCUUCAAGCCUGGAGCAGAACCCAGGCUGCAUGACGUCUGUGAUUCGUCGGCCUCUCGAAGCCAUGCAGAACGGCAGAGAAAAGCUCGCUCCAUGAUCAUUCUACAGGACUCAGCUGUAACUGGCCAUCAACCUGCAGAGCCAGCAACCAUGGCUCCCCUUGCUCGACCUCCUGCUGGAGCUACAGCCCCCCUAUCCCGGCCCAGCCCUGUCCCCAGUCCCCUCUCCCGAACCAGCCCAACUCCCAGCCCCAGUCCCCUCUCCAGAACUAGCCCUAUCCCUAGCCCUAACCCUUCUGGGGAGCGCAGCAGCAACAGGAGGCGUGGCCGGCCAGUAGAAAACCCUUAUGCCAAUGUGGGCCAGCUGCCUGCCCCACCCAGUAAGCCUCAACGCCGCAAGUCUCCGCUGCUCAAACAGGUGCAGGUGGAGGAAGGGCCAAGUAGGGCAGAGCUUUACCAGCAACAGGUCCUCACUGAGCGUGCUCAAAUACGCGUCACACCCCCUCAGGGCCGUAGGUCCUCCUUCUUCCUGUCUGUCGAGGGAGGGGGUUCAGAGGCCCCGCCCAUCCUACUGACCCAGUCCCACUCUGUAGACGACCUGGGGGAGCUGCCACCCCCCAUCCCUGUACUCUCCCCCUCCUCUUCCCCUCACUCCACAUUCCUCCACCCAUUGACAGGUAAGCCGCUAGACCCCUCCUCCCCCCUUGCUCUAGCCCUGGCUGCUCGUGAACGUGCUCUCACUGCCCGCACACCUAGCCCAGAACCGCGGCCCAAACACACACACUCACCUAGCCCAGAACCGCGGCCCAAACACACACACUCACCUAGCCCUGAACCGCGGCCCAAACACACACACUCACCUAGCCCUGAAUUGCGUCCCAAACAAACACACUCACCUAGCACAGAACUGCGUCCCAAACACACACACUCUCCUAGUCCUGAAUCCAGGCCUAAACGCACUCCUCCCCUGACUAGCCCUGAACCCAGACACAAGCGUAUUACCCCACCCUUAUUUCUUGAUGGGCAGUUAGAGCGACCUGUUGUUGAGCGGCCAGAUAUUGAAGGUGGAGUCACAUCUCCUGCUGGGCCCUCUCCUGAGCGUUGGCAAGCUAUGCCUCUCCCUGCUAUCAGUCAGGUGACCAUCAAUGUAACGAAUGACAACCAGCCAGCGGGACGAGGUCUGGGAGAAGAGCUGAUUGAAGCGCUGCAUGGCCAAUUACAGCGGAGAAGGAGUCUGACAGUUGGAAGCUCAGAGGAGGAAGGCGGGCCUUAUACACAGACCCAGACCCAAUCAGAGAGGAGGAAGAGUCUAGAUGGUGGGCCUUACACAGUGACCCUGCCCCCUGCACUGUUGUCAUCCAGUGAUGAGGAGACAAGGGAGGAGCUUCGUAAGAUUGGUCUGGUGUCUCCUCCACUGGCAUUUGUAACGCCCCCCUCCCCCACUCAGCCCCCCUCCUCCCUUAGCUUGUCACCGCGGAGGCCCCAGGCCGGUGAAGGGGUGGGAGGAUGUGAGUCAGCUCCAGACUCAGGGGUGGAGGAGGGGGACCCUCACAUAGAGAGCACUUCAUCUCCCAGCAGCACACCAGCUCCCAGCCUGCCACCAACCCUUCCCUCUCCAGAGCACCCCCAGCCCCGCCCUUCCACCCCCACCACACCUACCACCCCCACCUCCACAGCCUCUUCAACCCAGGAGCCCCAGGCUCUGAAGCCCAGACUGCGUUCUCCCCUGGGUCGUGGUCGCUCUGCUCUCAGGGAUCCUCUACUUAAACAGUCUUCAGACAGUGAGCUGCUUCCAUCUGGCAGUGGACCUGGGCGCCCACCUCGUUACCUUUUCCAGAGGAGAUCUAAACUUUGGGGGGAGGUCACCGAGUCCCGGCCCAGGCAGAGUAGCCCUGAGGAGGGCAGACCUGCAGCCGUGGGGGGUGGUGGGCUAGAGCUAGCCACACGACUCCAGCUACUCAGUAAAGACUCCCACUCCCUGGGAGAGGAGCCUGCAGCCCUGCUGGACCCUGGACGCAGAUCCCCUGUAGGUGGUGCAAGAAAAAGGUGCCAGGAAUGGGAGAGCCAGGAAUGGGAAUCAGGAAGUUUUAUCUUCCAGUCAGUCCCAAACACAGGUGUAGCCAGUCACCUUAACAUCCCAACAGCUCUGCCUGCCACCAAUCUGCAGAAGAAAAGAUACACAUGUCACCAAGACAAUGGAGAGAGUAAAUCGUUAUUCAGUAGCCUAGGGGAUGUCCACACCAUCUCCCAAAGGGGUUUUGGUGGCACCACCUACACUGUCAGGCCAGGAUGCCGCUACCCAAUUACGCCUCGCCGCAGUCCCAGCCCAUCCCCCUCAACAGGCCCUGUCCCAUCCCCUGAGAGGUCUGAGGUCAGUCCUGGUCGGAGCUUUGGGUUUAGCUCUUCCCAUCACCACCACACCAUCCUCAAGUCAUCGAGCCUCAGCCUGCCUUCAGAGCCUAAGGAAGUCCGCUUUGUAAUGCGGAGUGCCAGCGCUCGAACGCGCUCCCGUUCUCCUUCUCCUUCCCCCCACGCCUCCCCCUGUCCCUCUCCAGUUCUGGGAUCCCCUCUCCUUGCCCUGCGUCCUUGGCGCCAGCGUCCUUUAGCCCUCUGGAGUAAGUACGACGUGGGAGACUGGCUAGAGAGUGUUGGCCUGGCAGAGCAUCGUACCCGCUUCCAGGAGCAUGAGAUUGAGGGCUCACACCUUCCUGCUCUCACUAAGGAUGACUUCGCUGAACUGGGCGUAACACGGGUUGGACACCGCAUGAACAUUGAGCGAGCACUCCGACAACUGCUUGACAACUGAUCCUUGACCUCUAACCCUUUUGUGGACGUAUCCUGGCAACAGCAAUGGUUGUAUCCUGUCUACACCAGUGGCUGUAUUAUUUGAAAGCAUCUAUUUUCCAAAGACAGCAUCCCAUGGAGUUGAGCAUUUUGUAUGAAUUUUUCAUGAAUAUACAAGAAAAUACCUCCUCCAUCUAUAUAUCUUAAUUAUUUUCCAAUAAUUAUAUUUACUUUGUAUCUACAAUAAAUGGUUAUAGGAUUGGAUAUAUUGAAACACAAAGUAUGUGCAUUGUUUAAUGUACCUUGCCCUGUCUUUCUAAUAUGUUAAAGUUGCUUUCACAUCUACCAUGUUCAGUCCACUGGAAUUUAACCUUGGUGCGUUAUCUCCUAGUUAUCUCCUAUCUCCUAGUUUGGUUCAUUUCAGGGGUUGAGAAUGCAUCAAUCGCGCAGAGUUGUGCACUAAAUAAUCCAUGUGGUGUCAGACUGCUAACAAAUUAAUCCUGGCAUGGUGAGAAUGUAAUCCAACCCUAAUAUAGUAAGUGACCCAAAAAAGCUGCCCAUUGUGGGUGGAAUUUGCAAUGUAUUAUUGGAUUGGUAGGGCAAUCAUCAACACUGUACAAACUAGCUACAGCACAGGCCCAGCUUGCAUGAUAAGUUGCAGAGGAAAGAUAGCAGAAGACAAGAGAUUAUAAUUUCUGAAAUGUUUGAAGAACUAGGUGUCCAAAAUAUGUUGGGGAUAAAUAUGUUGAGAGGGGAUUUCAGCAAACAGUGUAUCAGUGCCAAGUAAAGAAAACUGUCCAAAAACAGUAUGUGGAAGUGAGCAAAUGUAUUACAGAUAAGUGGUAACUCUGGGAAUGAAAAUGACAAGUUGUGUGUAGUAUUGUUUGGUAAUCAUUGGCACUAGGCGGCUUACAAUCAAAUGGAGAUGAGGAUUCACAAUAUACAUGCAUCAGGGCAUUUGUUGCUGUCAAGUGGAUUGCAUUUCUAUUUUUGCACCAAAUAUCUGUCCAAUCAGUGAAAGACAUUUCCAACCAAGGUUUUUGUUUACAAUGUUUGUUUCAUUGGAAUUUGGGUAGUGUGAAACCUUAUCGAACUAAAAUGGAAUGGAAACAAAUGAAUUAACAUUGAUUUGAUUCAUACUAAACAAAUUGAGUAAUAGGUGAGAAAUGUAUCUUUUACCCUUUUAUUGUACUACAUUUAACUUUUAGUGUAUUUUAAUAUCCAGAUUGUUUUAAUGGGUAAUGUUGACUUACAGGGUGGUGUUACAUUUCACUUCUUGAUCUCCAUUUCCAUACAAAGGUCUAAAAUAUACAAUUUUCCUGUAAGUCUACUACAUUAGCCCAUAAGUCUAAUACAUUGCCUUGUUAGUACAUUAUAUUUUAUUACCCUGUAAGUCUACAACAUUGCCCUGUCAGACCACCUGUCUAUUAACCUUUUUAUCCAAAACCUUUUACUUUAUUCUAUUGUCCUGUUAGUCCACUACAUUGGUCUAUUUGUCUACUAUCUUGAGGCUUCUCAACUGGUGUGUCACAAGCCAAAGUUGGGUUAGAAAUUAUAUUUGUUCUGUUUAUUUCUGUUUUGAAAUAAUGAAAAACAAACUACAGUUUAAAUAAAAAAGCUAAAACCAGGUAGAAUAUUUAUAGAUCAGCUCUCUACAGCAGUUUCUGUGGCCUAAUACAAUGAGCUUGUCAUUUUUCUUAACACUAGAACUGCCAAGCCUUUUUCACCCCCUAUAACUGCCAGAGCCGAACGCUGUUUCUCGUCAUUAGCAUACAGAUCGUCCCUAUUAGCAUGGACAUUCUCCUCCACAGCAUCACCAUCCAGCCAGAGCAUCAGUUCAGCUACUGGG